AUUGUACUUACGCGAAUCUGCACAUCGACAAAUUAAUGUAAUAUUUUAAAAUUUUCCUCGUUCGGUGUGAUGUUCAACACCACCAGAGUUUUAUUUAUUAGUGAUUCUUUGUGAUGGGCCAGUGUUUUGGAACAGAGGACGGUGGAUUUUUUAGCUUCAGGCAAAAUCGAGGUUAUGACCGCUUCACUCGUUUCGCUCCGAAAAGCAAAUGGAGAUACGCAGAUGAACACUUGCUAACAGAGAUACAAGAUCCACGAUCUGAUGAUGAACUAGAUUUAUCAGAUCUAAGCCGUCAAACAGUCCAUGGAUUACAUCCAAGACAAAAUGUCAGAGGACCAUACACAUCAAAUAACACCACAGGAUUUAAGCAAGAAAGGUAUUAUUAAGAUAAGUAGACGUAU